CUUGCUCUGCUAGGGUUUUGUAAAAUCAUGUCAUUCAUUUUCAAGUCAGCUGCACUCAUGCCAACGACUGAGAUCAUACCGCCAAAACCUCCGGAUGGAAAAGGAGACACGAAUAACAAUGCUAAUGAAAAAGGUGUGAAAGAGAUGAUAUCUUUCAGAGACAAAGUGCUUGGUAACCAGAUAAUAAUGGAAAGAGAAAAGGUGGAUCUUUUAGCAACAAACAAAGCCAAGGUUGAACUUGUUCAAGGGAAUAGACUUAUGCCUAUGCUCCAUGUUGAAAAUUCUGUAAUAGAUGAACUUAGUUUGCCAUGGAAGGAUGCUCUUGUUGUUAAACUAUUGGGUAAAUCAUUGGGUUACAACACCAUGAAGGCUAAACUUGAGGAUGUGUGGAAACUCAGUGGAGGUUUUCAACUAAUGAAUGUUGGUAACUCUUACUACAUGGUUAAGUUUGAUGUGGUGGAAGACAAGAACAAAGUGAUUAAUGGAGGUCCUUGGAUCAUCUAUGAUCAUAUUUUGGCCGUGAGUCAAUGGACUCCAACGUUCAACGCCGCAACUGCAAAAAUAGACAAAACUAUGGUAUGGAUACGAAUACCAAGCUUAAAUCUAGUUUAUUAUGAUGAGAGUCUCCUUUGGGCGUUGGCGUCUAUGGUCGGUACCCCUGUCAAAGUCGAUCUUCAUACGCUAAAAGUGGCUCGGGGUAGAUUCGCUAGAAUGUGCGUGGAAAUUGAUCUCACAAAACCGGUUGUUGGUCGAGUCGGAAUUAAUGGAGAUUGGUACCGUGUGCAAUAUGAAGGCCUCCAUAUCAUAUGCACUAACUGUGGAUGUUAUGGUCAUGUACUAAAAGAUUGUGCAAUGAAGAGAAACGGUGUUCCGGUGGAGAAAAAGAAAAAUUCCGGCGAAGGUGACGGCGGCGGCGCUGAUGUUACUGUCACCGGAGAAAGAAUGGCAGUAAAAAAUAACGUAAAUCAAGGGGUGAUUAAUGAUAAGAUCCCUUCAAAUCCGUUUCAGUCCGUUGAAAAAAUAACUCCUGAUUUAUUGCAUGGAGAAUGGAUUAAAGUGGAGAGAAGAAAAAAGAACAAGAAAGUUAAUGCAGACAAUCACAAUGGACAACCUGUGAAUGGAAAUAGUCAACAUUCCAAAAAUGUUAUCCUGAAUAUGGUGGAAAAAUUAAAUAGAGAAUAUCCUCCACAAAAAGGCCACGGUAAUGAACUUGGCACUUCUAGUUCUAGAAGCAAAAAUCGAUAUAAGAAAAAAAGGCCAAGAAAUGAUGCAAUUGGGCCAGAAAAGUUUCUUCCAAUAGAUACUCAAGUCCACAACCCAAAAUCUUGUGGGGUGUCUAAGGGGGGUGAUACAACAACUAAAGGCAAAGUGGACAAUAGAAAGGUUCAAGUGGAGCAGCCCAACGGUUUAGAAAGUAUAGCUCAACAUGAGUCUAGUCCCAAAACUCUUGACAAUCAUAUAAUAAAGGCAUCAAUUCACAAGCAAGAUAACAUGGUCAUUAGUAAUAUGCAUCACGUGCAAGACAGCAAGGUUGAAACACUCCAUCAUGAUAUGGAAUCCAAUUGCAAAGCCAAAGUGGAAAUUCAAACAACACCAAAUGGAGAGGAACACGUGGCAAAUAAAAGUGGUGACAUCAUGGGAAUAAACCAUGACACCAAUAUGAUGCUUAAUUAA